UAUGUAGUCUAGAUUCUACAUUUAAAACGUCGACGGCCUUAAACCAGCUAAAGUCUGUAACUUUACAUAUUAGAAGAUUCAGUGAACGGUGACAGCAAUGUUUUUUACCCAAGUGUCUUUGCUAAUAUGGAAAAACUUCACUUUGCAAAAGAGAAGUCUGUGCAUGACAUUUGGGGAGAUUCUACUACCCUCUGUAUUUACAAUUAUUCUUUUAAUUUUGAAGAAAUCAUCUACUUUAACCUAUUUUGAUACUGAAACUUUCAAUGCUCAGCCUCUGUUCUGGCACAAUCCGCCAUCAGUAAUAGGUUAUGUUCCUGAAAACUCUGCAACCAAGGAAGUAACUGAAUGGAUUAUUAAUACUCAGAAGCAAUAUUACUUAUUAUUCGGACAAAAAAAUGCAACUGCAUCAACUUCCAAAGGCUUUGAAACAAUUCAUUCGGCUUUAAACUAUUAUACUAUCACAGAUAAGCCUAUGAAUCUUAUUAUAGAGUUUGUUGGCCUUGAUGUAUCAACUAAAUUGCUACCCAACAACGUUACAGUAAUAUUACACCCUUACAGAAAAGCUUUGAAUUCCUGGACCACAGAUCGAGUACAUAUGUUAGAGUUUCAAAUAAAUUCUAGGUCUUUUAUUCAAUUUGACCAGGAUUUCGCCUUUACUCAAUCUCUGGUGAACAAAGCCAUUUUGGCCCAUUGGUUAAAAAGCAGCAACAAAAGCAAGGAUUUAGCCAAUUUUGAACUGUUGGCAAAGCGCUUUCCAUUGGCCCAACACUAUGUCGACGGAAUGUAUAUGACAAUUAAAUUACAGCUGAGCCUCUUUAUGGUGCUUGGGUUUAUGAUGAAUGUUUUUGUCUACACCAAAAAUAUCGUUAGUGAAAAAGAACUGAAGAUUAAGGAAACAAUGAAAUUAAUGGGGAUGAAGCUGACAGCUUUUUGGUUAUCGUGGUUCAUCACCUACUUAAUAUGCAUAGUCCCAGCUAUAGUUUUCUACACAAUAGCAUUAGGUGUUGAUUUAACAGGGAAAGGCCCUAUUCUAAAGUACAGUGAUCCUUUAGUUGUUUUUACGUUGCUUAUAUCGUACGGGCUAGCGCUCAUCUCAUUCUCCUUUAUGGUCACUUGUUUGGUGCAGAAAGGAAGUGAUGGCGCAAUAAUAGCUGGUUUACUUUUCCUUGCGGAGUAUGUCCCAUAUGAGAUCAUAAGUCAGAAAUACUACACCUUUACCAAUGUAGUGAAGUUCACAUCGUGUCUACUAUUCAACAUUGCUCUAGGUUUGUCCAACUACAACAUAGCUCGGAGAGAAGCUAGAGAGGAGGGAAUUCAGUGGAAUAAUUUUGACAAACCAAUUGCGAACGAUGACUUCACUGUGAAGGACAGCAUUUUGAUGCUGCUCAUUGAUACACUGAUGCACCUUAUUUUGACCUGGUAUUUGGAUAAUGUCUUUCCUGGUGACUACGGAGUGCCUAAACCUGUCCACUUUUUUCUAACGAAGUCCUACUGGUGUAAAAACCAUGACCCAACUAGUUAUCAAAGUGAGGAACAAACUACUGACCCCAAAUAUUUUGAGAAAGAACCUGACAAGAAUAUUGGAAUUCGCAUUGUCAACCUGCGAAAAGAGUUUGGUAACAAGGUGUCAGUGGCUGAUGUAAAUCUGAAUAUCUUUGAGGGCCAGAUAACAGUGCUCCUUGGGCAUAAUGGUGCUGGAAAAACAACCACCAUGUCCAUCUUAACAGGAUUGAUGCCACCAACUAAAGGCACUGCAUUUAUCAAUGGAUUUGACAUUUGUAAAAACAUUGGUGCUGUCAGGCAAAGCUUAGGCUUGUGCCCGCAACAUGAUAUUCUCUUUGAUGCGUUAACUUGCAAAGAACACCUCUGGUUCUUUACAAAAAUGAAAGGUUACAAAUCUGCUGAUCUGAAGAAGGAAAUGAAAGAGAUGUUGAGAGAUUUGGGGCUGGAGCACAAACAGAAUGCAGUUGUGAACAGUUUGUCUGGUGGACAGAAGAGAUGUCUGUCAGUCGCCAUAGCUCUCAUGGGGGGAUCUAAAAUUGUCUUCCUGGAUGAGCCAUCAUCUGGCAUGGACCCAUCAACGCGGCGCCGCAUGUGGGACGUGGUACAGAACAACCGCGCUGGCCGAACAAUCAUCCUGAGUACCCACUACAUGGAUGAAGCGGAUUCCCUGGGCGACCGCAUUGCUAUAAUGGCAAGGGGUAGCGUCCAGUGCUGUGGGACAUCAAUGUUUCUGAAGAAACUUUAUGGUACAGGAUACCAUCUGGUUAUUGUGAAGGGAGCUAACUGCGACAUUGACUUGCUCACCCAGGAGAUUGUCUCACACAUCCCCCUUGCUGUGGUGGAGUCUGUCGUCAGUAUGGAAAUCUCCUACCUCCUCCCUGAAACAGAGUGUGAAAAUUUUCCGCAGUUGUUCAGAAGUUUGAACGCCAAGAAAAAAAUGCUGAAUAUUAUGAGCUUUGGAACCUCAGCCACAACAAUGGAAGAGGUUUUUCUUAAGUCAGAAGAAGAGUCUGAUGUAAUGGCUGUAGAAUCAGCAAAGAUGAGUUUUGUUGGAAAUACACUAGGGGACAAGACAAAUGUUUUAGACUUCAAUUCAGGAUUCACUUUGAACAGCGGCAUCACCCUCUUAAUACAACAGUUUAAGGCUUUGGUUAUCAAACGUUUCAUGGUGGCAAAGAAACAGCGCAUUUCCACUCUGCUGAGCUACACUAUUCCCUCCAUGCUCGUCUUGCUCUUCUACGUGACAGACAAAGCUUUUGGCUUCAGCAAGAAAAUAGACCCUUUGCUGAUGCUGGACAUCAAGAUGUAUGGCAAUGGCAUCGUGGUGCCAGUGACCAGUGACAAGCAGACUGAGCACUUUAAGGAAGAGUAUAAGACGCUAACCGGGACUGCGAUUGUGAAGGAUAUCACAGAAACCGGUAAUAGCUUAGAUUCUUUUUUGUUAACAUCUCGCUACCAAGUGGGACCAGUCGGAUUUGAUCAUCGCUAUAUCCUGGGUGCUGAGUUUGUUUUCAACAGAACACUUAGAGCGAUUGCUUUAUACAAUGGACAGCCAUUCCACUCCUUGUUUGUUUCAAUAGACUUGAUAUUUAAAGCGGUAAUCAAGCAGAGAUUAGGCCCAUCCUACCACAUCACCAUGGGAUUGUUGCCACUAGAAAAACUGGGGGAGGUCGACCUGCAGCAGGUCGUGUUUGAUCAUGCACGCUCGGGGUUCUUUGUUGGCAUGUUUAUUGGCAUAGGGAUGACGCUGUUUUCAUCCAUAACAAUACAUUACGUUUUGAGGGAGAAAAAAAGCGGUGUGAAACACAUGCAGUCCAUAUUUGGUGUGAGUACUCUAAUCUACUGGCUGUCCAUCCUGUUCUGGGAUGCUGUGAGCUUCAUCGUCCCCACCAUGUUGCUGUUGGUCACCUUCUUUAUCCUGAGCAUCAAAUCCUUCCUGGACGAAGGCAACUGGGUGCUGGUGGUUGUGGUCAUUGGCACCUAUGUGUGGGCUAUACUGCCAUGCAUUUACACAUUUCAUUUCUGCUUUAAAACCCCAUCAGCGGGACUGGCUACUACAAUUAUUUUAAACCUAUUCACUGUUCUUCUGAGUGACAUUCUUGUGUUUGAAUUUGCCAAGCCCACAUCUCAGCAUAAAGAGAUUGGUGAGACCUUGAACUAUGUGUUCACUGUAUUGUUCCCUGGAUUCAACCUGUCCCAGUGCUUCGGCUUCAUACUGACCAGAUACAUCUCUGUGAAAGAGUGCUAUGCUUUUCGCAUGGACUGUAACAAUGGGAUCUCUUCCAUAUGCUGUAUGGAUCACCCAGAACUUUGCUACUCCUCUAUACCAGACAGUAAAUGUAUCAUUCGGUUGAAAACCUAUUUGGAUUUUGAUAACAAAAAGGGUAUAGGGAGGUACUUGGCCUUCAUGGUCUUACAAGGGAUAUUCUUCAGCUUGCUGGUGCUAGCUAUUGAAUUUGAUAUUAAGGGGAAGUUGGCUAAAUGGUGUAAAAAUAAAAGAGCACUUGAUUUAAAGAAAACUCUAAGCAUGGGUGAUGAUGAGGAUGAUGUAGUGGCAGAGAAAAAGAGAAUCUUGACCACACCUUUAGAGGAACUUUAUAAAACAGACUCUUUGAUCCUGUACAACCUGUGCAAGAAAUACGAUGGUUUCCCAGCGGUCAAACAUAUCAGUGUGGGCGUGCCAGAGAAGGAGUGUUUUGGUCUGCUGGGACAGAGUGGGGCGGGGAAGACAACCACAUUUAAAAUGCUGACUGGGGAGACGUCUGUCACUGAGGGGAAUGCUUAUUUGAAAGGAUACGAUGUACAGUCUAGUCUGCGCUCAGUACAACGUGAGAUUGGAUACUGCCCGCAGUCUGAUGCACUUAUUGAAGAACUGACCGCCGUGGAAACCCUGACGAUGUAUGCUAGGCUGAGAGGCAUACCUGAGGGCAACAUCCCUGAUGUGGUGAGCAACUUGAUUGAGAUGGUCACGCUAGAGCCACAUGCUAAUAAAAUCUGUGGAUCCUACAGUGGUGGUAACAAAAGAAAGCUCAGUCUGGCAAUGGCUUUAGUGGGAGAUCCACCAUUUAUCUUUCUGGAUGAGCCAUCCACUGGGAUGGAUCCCAAAUCCAGGCGUCAGAUGUGGAAUGUUCUCACCAAAAUUAGAGACUGUGGACGAACUUUGGUUCUCUCAUCACACAGCAUGGAAGAGUGUGAUGCGGUCUGCACUAGGCUAGCCAUAAUGUUGCAGGGAAGAUUCACUUGCAUUGGGAGCCCUCAGCAUUUGAAAAACAAAUAUGGCCAAGGAUAUACAUUGAUUAUCAAGAUGGGGACACUGCCCAAUGGAUUCACAGCAAAGACAGAGCCUGUUGUGGAAUAUAUUCAGAGAUUUGCUGCAGACACUACUGUGUUUGAUGACCACCUGGGCUACAUCCACCUGCAAGUGUCAGACACCAACAUCGAAGUGGCCGAUGUCUUCCAGAUCAUGGAGGACUGUAAGAAGAACUUGAACGUUGAAGACUACUCUGUCCACGAGACUACAUUGGAACAAAUUUUCCUGACCUUCGCCAAGCUACAGAAGUUGGAAGAUGAAGUUAAGAUGGGAAUGUGCAUGGAUGUUUUCCUUUAGGAUGGGGCAUGUGCAUGGAUGUUUUUCUUUUGCAUGGGAUAGGAUGGGGAUUUGCAUGAGUGUUUUUCUUUGAGGCUUUUUUUUUGGCAUGGUUUUGUUGUGUGUAGUUUUACUCUUUUCCAGAGGCCAUUAAUAUUUAACUAGUUGUUUUGGCACUGUCUAUGAAACAUUUGUAAAUGAAAGAUCUGUUGUUUAGUAAAUGGCAGGGGUGAAAUAUUUAUAAAAGUGGGGCCCAUUGUUUAGUAGCAUUAAACUUUUGUUAAAUAUGUUAAGUAUGUUUGUGGUUAUAGUAUGAAACAUUUGUAAAGAGAAGCCCAUUGUUUAGUUUGAAAAUAGCAUGAAAUAGUAAAGGGGGCCCAUUGUUUAGUCUGAAAUCAUAGUAUGAAAUAGUAAAAGGGCUCAUUGUUUAUUAUGGGUGGGGCCGUAGCACUAAACAUUUGGGUUUUUUUUUUACUCCUGUGUUUGUAACAUACAAUUUUUAUAACUGAGGCUCAAUGUUUUGUUGUCCAUUUUUGUCUUUGGUUAUCAUGUUUGUUUUAUUUAUUUUAAAUUUAAUAAAAAUAUUACUUUAUUUUUAAAUGAUGAUGUGAAACUUUAACUAUUUACAGUUGUUUUUUUUUAUGUGGAUAAGUUUGUAGUUUGGACUAAAUGAAAAAUUUAUUCUGAUUUUCAUUUUAGAGUUAUAGAUAUUGUCAUAUUCUGUUAAAUAACAUUUAUACAGUAUGCUUGUAUA